AUGAAGGUUUCGUUUGUAGCUCACCACCACCCUCCCAUCUUUGCCUCCGAAAUUUACGUGGCACGAAAGCACACCAGCCGCACUUCCGCCUUGGUAAACCAAGUUACGUCAUUGGCCGUGGCAGCUGGAAGCGGCUCACAGCGCCGCCUGAGGCCGAUCUACGGAAGGUCAAUCGCUACAUGUCUGGUGAUCUCCCUUCACCAAUUGCAGGCAAGUCCGGCGCCGGACGCGGGCGUGGAGGAGGCAGAGACGCGGCAAGAGGACGCGGAGGAACGGCAAGCGGAGGUCGAGCGAGCACCACUGAUGGUGGCAGGGGCCGCGGUGCCGACGGCAAGGGCAGGGGAGACGCCGUCGCUGGUCGUGGGAGAGGCGGUGAGGCUGCAGCCACGAGGGGCCGCGGAGCUGCUGCGGGAGGUCGCGAGGGCGCCAGAGGACGAGGCGCGGAAAGCGGACGAGGGCGGGGGGUCGCGACAGCAGGCCGAGACGGAGGUCGCGGCGGGAGAGGUGGCGACGGGAGGGGCAGAGGCUCAGAAGGGGUGGGUGGCCAGCAAGAGCCAAUCGAAGGACGAGGAGCAAGGAGAUAGAUCUCCUGUGGCUACUCACGACGAGGCUUCUGGAGGAACAUCUGGGGAAGACUCGCACGAGGUCGAUCACACUGCCGAGGAGGGCGGAAAGGAUCUAGCUGCGGAAGGCGAACACGAUGAUGAAACUCCAGGCGCUUACACUGAAGCGGCGGAUGAAACCGAGGAAGAUACAAGCGCGGUUGUAGAGGAGUAUGCCGUUGAAAGGGCUGCAGACGAAGACGACGAGCGAAAGUCUGGUGUUGUGGAAGGCGAAGCGACGUAUGCCGAGGGGCAGACUGAAAGCAAGGCGGCAGCGGGAGAAGCUUCGAUUAUGGCUGCACAGGAGGACGACGCGGUGAAGGCGGCAGCGGAAGAAGCCUCGAUUAUGGCGGCAGUGGAGGACGAUGCGAUGAAGGCUGCUGACGAGGAAGCUGCAAGGAAGGCUGCAGAGGAGGAAGCUGCAAGGAAGGCUGAGGAGGAGGAAGCUGCGAGGAAGGCUGCAGAGGAGGAGGCUGCGAGGAAGGCUGCAGAGGAGGAGGCUGCGAGGAAAAAAGCUGAGGAGGAAGCUGCGAGGAAGGCUGCAGAGGAGGAGGCUGCGAGGAAGGCUGCAGAGGAGGAGGCUGCGAGGAAGGCUGCAGAGGAGGAGGCUGCGAGGAAGGCUGCAGAGGAGGAGGCUGCGAGGAAGGCUGCAGAGGAGGAGGCUGCGAGGAAGGCUGCAGAGGAGGAGGCUGCGAGGAAGGCAGCUGAGGAGGAAGCUGCAAGGCUGGCUGCAGAGGAAGAAGCUGCUAGGAAGGCUGCAGAGGAGGAGGCUGCGAGGAAGGCUGCAGAGGAGGCUGCGAGAAAGGCUGCAGAGGAGGCUGCGAGGAAGGCUGCAGAGGAGGAGGCUGCAAGGAAGGCUGCAGAGGAGGAGGCUGCGAGGAAGGCAGCUGAGGAGGAAGCUGCAAGGCUGGCUGCAGAGGAAGAAGCUGCUAGGAAGGCUGCAGAGGAGGAAGCUGCUAGGAAUGCUGCAGAGGAGGAAGCUGCAAGGAAAGCCGCUGAAGAGGAGGCUGCAAGGAAGGCCGCUGAGGAGGAAGCUGCACGCAAGGCCGCUGAGGAGGAAGCUGCAAGGAAGGCUGCUGAGGAGGAAGCUGCAAGGAAGGCUGCUGAGGAGGAAGCUGCAAGGAAGGCAGCUGAGGAGGAAGCUGCAAGGAAGGCUGCAGAGGAGGAAGCUGCAAGGAAGGCUGCAGAGGAGGAAGCUGCAAGGAAGGCUGCUGAGGAGGAAGCUGCAAGGAAGGCUGCUGAGGAGGAAGCUGCAAGGAAGGCUGCUGAGGAGGAAGCUGCAAGAAAGGCUGCUGAGGAGGAAGCUGCAAGAAAGGCUGCUGAGGAGGAAGCUGCAAGAAAGGCUGCAGAGGAGGAAGCUGCAAGAAAGGCUGCAGAGGAGGAAGCUGCAAGAAAGGCUGCAGAGGAGGAAGCUGCAAGAAAGGCUGCAGAGGAGGAAGCUGCAAGAAAGGCUGCAGAGGAGGAAGCUGCAAGAAAGGCUGCAGAGGAGGAAGCUGCAAGAAAGGCUGCAGAGGAGGAAGCUGCAAGAAAGGCUGCCGAGGAGGAAGCUGCAAGGAAGGUUGCCGAGGAGGAAGCUGCAAGGAAGGUUGCCGAAGAGGAAGCUGCAAGAAAGGCUGCAGAGGAGGAAGCUGCAAGGAAGGCUGCAGAGGAGGAAGCUGCAAGGCUGGCUGCUGAGGAGGAAGCUGCAAGGAAGGUUGCUGAGGAGGAAGCUGCAAGAAAGGCUGCAGAGGAGGAAGCUGCAAGGAAGGCUGCAGAACAGGAAGCUGCUAGGAAGGCUGCAGAGGAGGAAGCUGCUCGAUUGGCUGCAGAGGAGGAAGCUGCAAAGAAGGCUGCAGAGGAGGAAGCUGCAAAGAAGGCUGAAGAGGAGGAAGCUGCAAAGAAGGCUGCAGAGGAGGAAGCUGCAAAGAAGGCUGCAGAGGAGGAAGCUGCAAAGAAGGCUGCCGAGGAGGAAGCUGCAAAGAAGGCUGCAGAGGAGGAAGCUGCAAAGAAGGCUGCAGAGGAGGAAGCUGCUCGAUUGGCUGCAGAGGAGGAAGCUGCUCGAUUGGCUGCAGAGGAGGAAGCUGCUCGAUUGGCUGAAGAGGAGGAAGCUGCUAAGAAGGCUGCAGAGGAGGAAGCUGCAAAGAAGGCUGCAGAGGAGGAAGCUGCUAAGAAGGCUGCAGAGGAGGAAGCUGCAAGGAAGGCUGCAGAGGAGGAAGCUGCAAGGAAGGCUGCAGAGGAGGAAGCUGCAAGGAAGGCUGCAGAGGAGGAAGCUGCAAGGAAGGCUGCAGAGGAGGAAGCUGCAAGGCUGGCUGCAGAGGAAGAAGCUGCUAGGAAGGCUGCAGAGGAGGAAGUUGCUAGGAAGGCUGCAGAGGAAGAAGCUGCAAGGAAGGCUGCAGAAGAGGAAGCUGCACAACUGGCUGCAGAGGAAGCUGCGAGGAAGGCUGCAGAGGAUGAAGCUGCAGGGAAGGCCACUGACGAGGAUGCUGCUAAGAAGGCUGCUGAGGAGGAGGCUGCCAGGCUAGCUGCAGAGGAGGAAGCUACACAGAAGGCUGCAGAGGAGGAUGCAGCAACAAAUCUAGGAGAAGAAGCUGCUAAGAAGUCUGCAGAGGAAACAGCUGACAAGACAGCAGAGGAUAACUCCAAGGAGGCGACAAAGGAGGAAGCUGCAAGUAAGGCGCCUGAGGGUUUAGGAGAGGAGGUCAAGGCUGCUGAAGAGGAACCAGCAAUCAAGCUUCCAGAGCAGGAACUUUCAGCGCGCCGCAAGAUGCUAGCGAGAGCAGCUGCGCGGAUUGGGCGGAACGCGCGAGCGGCGCGCGUUGGAGGGAACCUGUUCGGGCGUUCGUUACCAGAGUUUCCCGCUAUGGCCGCAGCAGGCGGGUGGCAGGCGGAAGUGGCGUCGAGCGCGGGGGCAGCGCGCGGAGGCAGCGGCGCGGGGUUCUCGUCCGCCGCGGUGGGCGGAGGAUCCGCGCUGCUGGAUGACACGGCAGUGCAGUUCAAGGAGAGUGUGCACAAGUUCGCACAGGAGGUCAUCGCACCACACGCUGCUGACAUCGACCGAAACAACUCCUUCCCCAAGCAUGUGAAUCUGUGGAGGCGAAUGGGCGACUUUCAUCUGCACGGCAUCACUGUGCCCGAGCAGGAGGGCGGCAUGGGGUUGGGGUACCUGUACCACUGCGUGGCCAUGGAGGAGAUCUCACGCGCAUCAGGCGCCGUGGGGCUCUCCUAUGGCGCGCACUCCAACCUCUGCAUCAACCAACUCGUGCGGCAUGGCAAUGAGGAGCAGAAGGCCAAGUACCUGGCCAAGCUGGUGGCGGGCGAGCAUGUGGGCGCACUCGCUAUGAGCGAACCCAACUCGGGGUCGGACGUGGUGAGCAUGCGGUGUCGCGCGGACAGGGCGCAGGGCGGCUACGUGUUGAACGGCACCAAGAUGUGGUGCACUAACGGGCCCACCGCUAACACCCUUGUAGUGUACGCCAAGACGGACAUCAAGGCGGGCCCCAAGGGCAUCACAGCCUUCAUCAUCGAAAAGGGCAUGGACGGGUUCCGAACGGCUCAGAAGCUGGAUAAGCUGGGCAUGCGAGGCAGUGACACGUGCGAGCUGGUGUUUGAGGACUGCUUCGUGCCACGGGACAACGUGCUGGGAGAAGAGGGCCGAGGAGUGCACGUGCUGAUGUCAGGGUUGGACCUGGAGCGCGUGGUGCUGGCAGCGGGGCCGCUGGGCCUCAUGGCAGCGGCCAUGGACGUGGUGCUGCCCUACGUGCACGAGCGCCAGCAGUUCGGACAACCCAUCGGCCAGUUCCAACUCAUCCAGGGCAAACUCGCAGACAUGUAUUGUGCUGUGCAGGCCUCAAGGGCGCUGGUGUACAGUGCUGCCAUGGCGUGUGACCGCGGCCAUGUCAAUCGUAAGGAUUGUGCGGCAGCCAUUCUCUUUGCUGCAGAGAACGCCACUCAGGUCGCCUUGCAGGCCAUCCAGUGUCUGGGAGGCAACGGGUACGUGAACGAGUACCCCACAGGGCGCUUACUGCGCGACGCCAAGCUCUAUGAGAUCGGUGCCGGCACCAGUGAGAUCCGCCGCAUGCUCAUUGGCCGCGAGCUCUUCCGCGAGACCGAGUGA